GUCACCGCGACAACUAUUGGAGAGUUUGGUGUACUCUGUGAAUAGAGGCGACUUCAUAAUUAAAGAUGGGACUCACGAGCAUGGAGGCAGUCCUCUUCAUGAGCACCAUAAAGGAAGCAGACACUUGAAACUGUCGAGAGAGGAACACUUUGACAUUGUGUUGCAUAACAUUGUGGUAUUAAAAUUCUGACAUCAGUCCGCUGAUGGUGAAGAGGAGGAUGACCAAGAGAAGAUGACAGCUGCUGCGUUCACACCAGAACUUACUCUGGGGCUCAACAUCACCCAAAACCCUUGCAACAGAAGCCAGAACUGCGGGGAAAGUGAAGACUUCAAAUACUUGGCGUACACCAUUACAUACAGCAUCGUAUUCCCGAUUGGAUUCAUCAGCAACUCUGUGGCUCUGUAUGUCUUCCUGUGUCGCACCCAGAGGAAGACGGCCAGUACUGUGUUUAUGAUUAACUUGGCCAUUUCGGAUGUCGGCUUCUCAUUGACGUUGCCCUUCCGUCUGGUCUACUACUUUAAGGGCGCUUUGUGGGAAUUCCCAGACUGGUUUUGCCGCUGGUGUGUGUUUUCCUUUUACCUCAACCUUUACACGAGCGUUUUGUUUCUUACAGGCCUCAGCGUGCUACGCUACCUAGCCGUGGUCCACCCCAUGCGCAAUAAGUCGCUGAUCACUACACGACGAGCUGUCAUAGGAUGUUUAGUGAUCUGGAUUUUUGUGGCGCUCUUAUCUACGCCGUUCCUCAUGUCAGGUACUUUAAAACGGGAUAACAAGACGCGCUGCUUUGAACCCAGAAACAGCAACUCGUGGAAUCGCUUAUUUAUUUUGAACUAUGUGGGGGUUUUGUUUGGAUUCAUCCUUCCGUUUAUUACGAUAUUAGGCUGCUAUGGAAGCAUCGUCUUCAAACUCGUCAAUGGACCGCAAAGUAAAAUGGGAAAUCGAAGGAACAAGGCAAAAACUCGGCGACGGGCCGUGUAUUUGAUUGCAGUUGUGCUGAGCACAUUCCUCCUGUGUUUCCUACCAUACCACGUCAUCCGCACCGUCCAUCUUCAUGCCAAGGUCGUAUGCAAGCCCUGCCAGGUCAUCAAGUAUCACCUACAAAUCCUGGUCGUCUCCCUGUGCAUGGCGGCAUCCAACAGUUGCUUCAAUCCUCUACUCUACUACUUUGCAGGGGAAACUUUCCGCACAUCCUUCCGCAAAGGGUCUGUACGAGGGAUAGCCAGUUCAUUUGCUCGGAGUAGUUUUAACCCAUCUUUUCGACGACGGAGCCAAUCCGGCACCUUGCAGAGGACAAAGGAGCAAAGCAUUACCUUAAUACGCAGAGCCUCUUUUUGUCACGCAAUAAAGAAAAAGACGCCUCACGAUUGCAUGUCUGAACAGAAAUCCACACCGGCUGAAGAAAAGCGUUGAAGACGGCAGUGAUGGGGAGUACUGAAAGACUAUUGUGGUGGAACAAAUCAGAGUGUACGGAUGCUUUUGUUGACUUGAAUAAAAGCAUGUCUUUGUGUUCCAUUUAAAACACAGAAAUAUGAAAGGAAAAAUGGCUGCUGCUUUGAUUAUUUAUGUUUUCAGCAAAGACUUUUAGCUCAAAGCAAGACUUGUUGAAAUGCAGCAUAAGCACAGCUAGUAGCUGCGUCCGAUAUUGCAUACUUCCAUACUAGAUAGGAGCUAAAAACAGUAUGCAAGUCGAGUAGUGUGUCUGAAUUUAUAGAAUUUGAAUAAGAGUAUGCAAGAAGUAUCCGCUUGACCGAUACACUGCUCGAUGCAGAGCCACUUGGGCUCCAGUGAUGGGGAGCUUGAGCUCUGACUCCUCCUCCUAUAAGCUGUUUUAAUGCGUACAGCCACCCUACCCCUAACCCCAACCC